AUGGCCUCGGCCGGCGAUGUUCGCGAUAUGCUGGAUUUGCCUGCCGAAGGGCAACCCAGGCCCCACAAGAAGCAGAAAGUGGUUGAGAAGCGACCAGAGGGUAUCACCCGUGAAUUGUACGCGCUGCUGGGCGAAAGAGCGCCGCCAAUCGCGAUCAAUGAGAAUAAGUACAAGGGUCGUCCAAAAUGGAUGAACAAGUUACGCGUUCGACCUUGGAGCAUGGCGCCCUUCACAAACAGCGCACGUUCCGAUGGCCUGGUCCUGAACCACUGGCAAAGAAAACACGAAUCUGCACGACCGCCUGUGGCUGCCCCAGCACUGGAGGAAUCACAUAUGGACGUUGACCAACCCAAGGAAGAAGGAAAGGAUGAGGCACCUAAACCUACAGAGCAGGAUUACGCCUUUGCCAAGUACAAUGUCAAGCCUCGUCUUCCUCGCCGAUACACAGACGAAGAGUAUGCUCGAAAUUUGAAAAACGAUGAUUGGUCGCGUGAGGAGACAGACUAUCUGGUGGAUCUGGCGAAUGAGUACGAUAUUCGCUGGGUGGUUAUCGCAGAUCGCUACGACUAUCAACCGAAAUUGGAGACUGAGUCGGAGGGAAAUGAGGCGCUUGUUCCAGCCAAACAUCACCGGACCAUGGAACAAAUGAAGGCGCGCUAUUACUACGUCGCGGCAACAAUGCUUUCAAUAGAGCAUCCGCCCUCAGAAAUGUCCGAGGCUGAAUUCGAGUUGCACGAGAAGAUGCUCAAGUUUGACCCCAAUCGCGAACGUGACCGCAAAGAUCUGGCCGCUUUACAAAUCAAUCGCACAGCAGACGAGGUUCGGGAGGAAGCAAUGUUGUUGGAGGAGUUGAAGCGCAUCACAAGCAACGAGCAGAACUUCAUCACCGAGCGCCGCGAACUAUACUCUCGCCUCGAAGUUCCUAUCAGCGUCGGCAACACCACAAUGUACCAGUCCAGCGCGGGUCUAUCUCAGCUCCUGCAAACCCUCCUCCAAGCUGACAAGAGCAAGAAGCGUCGCUCCAUUCUCGGCGAUGGAGCCGUUCCCAGCCCUGCUGGCCAGACACCAAACGCAACAGGAGGUGCCGGCCGCGCCGAGACACCUGUCACCCAGGCAGCAAACAACAAGAAGGGAUCCACCGCUUCGAAAGAAACCCACCAAGCCGUUCGCACCCUCACAGCAGCCGAAGAAGCCAAGUAUGGCGUCACGCAUCACGAACGAGUCUCGGCAGGCGUGCAAUUCCGCAGCGAUCGCGCCCAACGUCUCACGCAGGCCAAGUCAAACGUUCAAACACAAAAAUUGGCCAGUGCUCUUGCCGAGCUUGAGAUUCCAGUGCGUCUCUUCAUGCCCACCGAGCGCGUGUGCAAGGAUUUCGAGAAACUCAUCCAAGCUGUCAACAUGCUCCUUGACGCAAGAAAGGUCUCGGAGAAGGUCGAGAGCGAAAUCCGUGUCCUCGAGGCUGCCAAAUUCGAGCGUGAGCGGAAGGCAAGGGAGGCUGCUGGACUCCCUGCUUUGCCUCGUCCCGAGGUGAAAACCGAGACUGAAGAUGGCGAAGGCAUUGCAGCUUCCCAUGCCAGCGGUGACUCCGCAGCGCCUACUGGUUCCGCGCAACCUGAACAGAGUCAGCAGAAUGUCGCGCCCGAAGCGAGUAAUGGAGGUGAGGGUAACCACAAGCGGUCUGCUAGUGUACUCAGUACCACGAGCGAGAGUAACAAGCGGCAGCGGAGGUAA